AAAGUGAAAAUGGAACCGCUGAAAAUGAUCCUAUAUUUAGCUUGCAUCGCCGUGCUCAUCAACAUUCGCCCAGGCGAAGGGCUAGAGAUCGAACAUCCCCAUAGCUUCUCUAUAUUCAAACGAGGCGUUAUGCUUGGCGAUGUUUCCUACAGCUAUUCUUCCACGGACAUGGGAUCACCGGAAAGUGGACGCUACAAGACGGUAACAGUGAUCAAGAACAUUGCCGUUCCCAAACCGACCAGCACAAUGUUUAGUGACCGUUCGGAACACUACUACGAUUCGGUUGAGAAAACCUCUUCCACCGGAUCAACGCAGAAGAAGCGUACACACGUAGAAUAUUGGCCACCAAAGGAGGAGAACCAUGUGGCCCAUCGGCUGAAGUUGGAGCAGGACUUUCACAAAGUCAGCAAUACCCACCGUCCGAAGGGUAGUCAUCAACGCCAUCACAGUCAGCAGGAGAUAGCGGCAGCACUCAAAAUGACCUAUAAACCCGCAGAAAUCAAGGAACAACCACAGGAGGAACCGCAGCACCCGGUAGAUAUAUUAGAACUGGCCAAAUCGGCAGUGAAAACCCUCACCCAAAAGGCAAAGGUUGUACCGCCGGGUGAAAACACCGGCCCUGUAACGUUUCCCUCCGAUGCGAUGAUGAUGAAAAAGAAGAACGGAAUCGUAAGUGUGGCCAAGGAGUACACCAGCAUCCUGACGACGGAUCCGAAAGAUCGUCAACCGAUCGUCAGCAAGCUUCGUACCAAGGUGGAACCACCGACGAAGGCACCCACAUUCCAGAUGCCGUACUCGUCCACCUCGUCCAGCGAGGAGGGCGAGAUCAAACUGAAAGAUUUCGAACAGUCAGAGUACGUCUUUAACCACAAGACGGGUUCGUUCGAGUUUAGAGCGGCCUCGAAAGCACCGAAAGCAGUCCAGGAGUAUCUGCGCGGCAGUCCUUAUGGAUACAGGGAAGAACCAAUGUCCUCCAAGGCAGAAACACCCGACAGCAGCACGUACAACAGUCCCUCAGAGUUACUGUUUGCCGAGCUCCACAAUGCCGUCACCACGCGGAACAUUACAAUGAUCAAGUCACUUGCCGGUCAGCUGGAAGAAACAUUCAAUAUCGGAAAACUUGACUUUGAAUCGUUAAAAACCACGACAGAAGAUCUGAUGGCGGCCGAAACUACUACCGCAAAAUCAUCGUUCGAUUUCGGGUAUGGAAAUUACGCCGAAACGACUACAAUGGACUAUCAGGAACCGGUCACGACCGAAGCGAUCGUGGCAAGUACGACAAUAAAAGCGCCCGUUAUGAUGAUGAUGACUACGACGAAGAAACCGCUUCGCUAUAUAGCACCGAAGCUUCGCGGAUUCAAGCGAUUUUCGUCCAAGAGGCAGAACACAUAA